AGUCUACAGUGUUGCCCCCUUAUUGUAUUUUUGUUAGCAUUCUAUCUCCAGCAACCUUCUGCUCAGGCAAAUAGCCCUCUUUUCCACACAUCAGGACACUUUUCCGGGUUUCUUUUCAGAGCUAUCGGAACUUGAUUUGUGCGGAAAAUUGAAGGUUUUGCUGAAAAAUCCGUAACUUUUCGAUCUGUUCUGAGCUAAGGUUUGCCUGGAAAAGCUCUUGCGGUGUCGGUGUAUUAGUGGAAAAGCCGUGUCUGGUGGAAAAGAACAGACACAGAUCGUCUGAAAAGCGGGAAAUUGGGCUUUUUUUCUGCGGCCUUUGAGGAUAAUCUGAGUAAAAGGACAUGGCUUGGGGCUACUGGAGUGCAACUGCUGUAGAUCGUGGUCGUUCACCACGACGCAACACGCAAUGUGCCUCUGUGCCGGCCAAUACGAUGCCGCAAUCGGAGCCGCCGCCGCCGCAAUGCUACAGCCCCUGUGGACGCAGUCCAUGUGGCAGUCCCUGCCACAGUGCAUGCCAGAGUCCUUGUCAGAGUCCGCAGCAUGUGGCGGCGUGCAGUGAGUCGGAAAGUGAGCCGCAAGCAUGCCAUCAGCCACCUUUGGAAGAGUAUCCCAGGCGACAGAGUCUGGAUCCAUUGGAUAGUCCUCAGGCAAAUCAACUGUCGGAUAUUCUGUGUCGGGGAGCCACGGUGUCCUCAAUCUCCUCCGCCAACAACACCCUAACUCGGGGUGCUUCAUUGCGUGAUACUGGUGAUUACGAUGUGCCCCAUCCGCAUCCUCAUACACAUCACUACAUGACGACAGCUACGUCCACAUCAAUUCAUGGCUCAAGGCCAGGCAGUGCUGGUGCUGCAUCGGCUCACGGACACAGCGGACAUGGCAGUGGACAUGGUAGUGGACAUGGAAGUGGAAGUGGGAGUGGAUCGAGUCCGGGAAUGAGCGGAACGGGCAGUGUUAUUGCCGGCGGCGUCAAUUACUUGGAGUGCCUCCAUUACGAGCGAAUGCCUCUGCCUAUUCCGGUGCAAAUUCCUAUUGUACCGCCACCGCCACCGGCACACCUGCUGUCAGAGGAUGAAGUGGAACCGGCGUAUGCUACAGUAUUUCCUAAUGUACCGUCUGCUCCAGGAAUGUCCUGCGUCGGCGAAGAUCGAAGCAUCUAUCGACGAGGUGCUCGACGAUGGCGCAAAUUGUACAGGAUCAAUGGUCACAUAUUUCAAGCGAAACGCUUUAACAGAAGAGCCUUCUGUGCUUACUGUCACGAUAGGAUUUGGGGUUUGGGACGCCAGGGAUUUAAGUGCAUUCAGUGUAAGCUGCUCGUCCACAAAAAGUGUCACAAGAUGGUCCAGAAGCCAUGCACCAAUGAGCAUCAGAAACCCAUUAUGAAGGAGAGAGAUGAUAUCAAUGGGGAAGUGCAGAAAGAACUGCUGCCACCAGCUCCUGAAUUUGCUCCAGAACUCGCCGAGGGUGGUGAUCAUGUAGCUGUUGAGGCACUCCAGAGUUCUGAGGAGCCUCUGGAACCCGGUGCUCAGCGUCAGUACUCUCUGGAGGACUUUGAGUUAAUUCGGGUGAUUGGACGUGGUAGCUAUGCCAAGGUGCUGAUGGUGGAGUUACGUCGGACGCGUCGGAUUUAUGCGAUGAAAGUGAUCAAGAAGGCACUGGUGACAGAUGAUGAGGACAUCGACUGGGUGCAGACGGAGAAACAUGUGUUCGAGACAGCGUCCAAUCAUCCAUUCCUCGUUGGUCUCCAUUCGUGCUUCCAGACACCAUCACGCCUGUUCUUUGUCAUUGAGUUUGUGCGCGGUGGUGAUCUCAUGUUCCACAUGCAGCGACAGCGCCAUCUGCCCGAGGAGCAUGCCAGGUUCUAUGCUGCUGAGAUCAGUUUGGCCCUCAAUUUUCUACACGAGAAGGGCAUCAUCUAUCGUGACUUGAAGCUGGACAAUGUGCUCUUGGACCACGAGGGUCACAUCAAACUUACGGACUAUGGGAUGUGUAAGGAGGGCAUUAGACCAGGUGAUACAACUUCCACUUUCUGCGGUACGCCCAAUUAUAUUGCACCGGAGAUCCUCCGUGGUGAGGAUUAUGGCUUUUCUGUGGACUGGUGGGCUCUCGGGGUGCUGCUGUACGAGAUGCUAGCAGGACGCAGUCCCUUCGACAUUGCAGGAGCGUCCGACAAUCCGGAUCAAAACACCGAAGAUUACCUGUUUCAGGUGAUUCUCGAAAAGACAAUUCGUAUUCCAAGGUCGCUCAGCGUCAAAGCAGCCUCAGUUCUCAAAGGUUUCCUCCACAAGAAUCCCGCUGAUCGACUCGGAUGCCAGCGGGAAUCCGCCUUCAUGGACAUUGUCAAUCAUCCCUUCUUCAAGAGUAUCGAUUGGGAACUGCUAGAGCAAAAGCAAGUAACGCCUCCAUUUAAGCCAAGAUUAGACUCUGAUAGAGAUUUGGCCAAUUUCCCACCUGAGUUCACGGAUGAACCAGUUCACUUGACGCCGGACGAUGAGAGGGUGAUUGAGAAGAUUGAUCAAUCGGAAUUUGAGGGAUUUGAAUAUGUAAAUCCUCUGUUGAUGUCCCUUGAGGAUUGCGUCUGACACCACGCGUCGUGCGAGCUGCAUCCCUACAAUUCGCAGGUGAGAAAAAAAUUUCUAUGUUAUCAGGCUACAUUUGAAGUUUGCACUAUCAAAAGAAGGUUUUUCAACAAAAAAUUAUAACUAUAAAUUUACAAUCUUUAGAGAAACUGUCGAUUAAUUUGAAAAUUUUUACAGUUUGUCAAAAUUGUUCCAUAAAUGCUGAAAACGAAAAUUUUAUUUUAUUCAUAUUGUUUAUUGAAAACAGUUUCUUCGAUGCAAUUUUUCCCCUAAAAUUUAAAUCACAAAGGAAUUUACAUGCUUUAUAUAUUGCAAGCACUUUGAAUUUACUUCCGAAAAAUCUUAAUUACUAAUUCCCCAAAGGGUGACUCAUAUAGAGAAACCCUUGUCAAUUGCCCCGAGAAACGCUUCGCGAAACCUAAGAAAAAUAUAACAUUGAUUCUCGAAAGAGGAGAAACCAAAACCUUGAUCCGCGAAGUUCGAGGAAAACAAAAAAAAUUGUUGCACGAACGAAAGAAACUCAAAAAUUGUUUUGCGAAACCUGAAAAUUAAUUCGUUAAAUUCGAGAAAUUCAAAAAUUGGUCCGUGAAGUUUGAGAACGAAAACAACAAAAUUUUUUAGCAAAACAAGAAAAAAGGGGGGGCAAAGCAUCCCAGGCCUUGCGAAAUGUUCGAAUUCGUAACUUAGUAAAAAGAACCUUCGCAUCAUUUAUCGUUUGCCGGUUCACUACCGAUUUAUUGAACCGAUUGAAUUACUCAAAAGAUCGCCCAAAAUAGCUUAAAAAUAAAAGAUCGGAUAAAAUUACUUAUCUAUUAUGAAUCGCUUCAGGUUUGUCAGAAAUUCCAAGACCUUUCCUACGAACUCAAACAUGAUACUAUUCGGUUGAGAAAUACGCUCUCUAGAGAAUUUUUAAUUUUUGACCUUGAAAACCCGUUAUUAGGAAUGAUUAAACGGUAUUUUUAUAUAAGGACGAAAUGUCAACCUGGAAAAUCUCUAAAACAUAUUCAAAAAUGAAAAAAAAUACACGAUGCGUUCUCGAGCAAUACCAGAAUAACAUGGUUUUGGAGAUGAAUGGGUGGGUAGGGGGAAGUGAGAGACAUGUGUUGUUACCUCAAAUUUCCAAAAUUCUACCAAAAUACGAUCCCUUGUGCGGUAGGGAGUCAAAAAAUAUAUAACUCAAAAUCGAAGGAUUAUAUACUGCUCUCUCUCUCUCUCUCUCUCUCUCUCUCUCUCUCUCUGUGAAGUUCGAACAGUAGAAUUGCUUUGCAAAACCUGAGAAACCGAAAAUUUGAUCUGCAAAUUUCGAGAACAUAAAUCACUUCGCGAAUCCCGGGAAACCUGAAAAGUAGUCCAUAAAAUCUAAGAUAUUUAGAAAAUAAUUCGCAAAA